AUGACAUCCCUCCGACCUAAAUAUGAGUUUGGGGGCCCGCUCGGCGCUGCCGCCAUAGUUCUGGGACUUCCUGUGCUGCUCUUCGUCUUUCAUCUCACGUGCAACGACGUGAGCGGUUGCCCCAUCCCCAGUCUAUUGAGCCCGACGACAUUUACCUGGGAAGACUUCACGGCCCAAACGCCCUGGCCUCGGGAUGGAUUCCAAUCACUGUUCUCUUGGGAGGCCACUGGAUGGCUUCUGGCAUACUACCUAGUCAGUAUGACUUUACACCGAGUUCUCCCCGCCCAGGAAGUGUAUGGCUCCAAAUUGCGCGAUUCCGGCCUGCCUCUCAAGUACCGCUUCAAUGCAUUCUCCGCCACUGUCAUCCAAUUAUCCCUCUGUGCCAUUGGUACCUACUUUCGUGGUGCAGACUUCAUUGUAUGGACAUAUGUUACGGAUAACUACCUCCAACUCCUCACAUCCAGUACAAUUCUUGCCUUUGGCAUCUCCAUGUUUGUUUAUGUGUUGAGCUUCCAGGUGAAGCCUGGCAACAGCAAUCUUCGGGAACUCGCCCGAGGGGGCCGCACCGGCAAUUUCGUCUAUGAUUUCUACAUUGGGCGCGAACUCAACCCUCGGCUUACACUUCCCUUCUUUGGUGAAAUCGACCUAAAGACCUGGUUGGAAAUGCGCCCUGGACUGACUGGCUGGAUUAUACUUGAUCUAGCCUUUGUCGCCAAACAAUACCGCGACUAUGGAUACUUGUCUGAUAGCAUAAUACUUACGUCCACCCUGCAAGCAUACUAUGUGCUUGAGUCGCAUUAUCUAGAGGCCAACAUCUUGAGCAUGAUGGACAUAAUUGCAGACGGUUUGGGGUUCAUGCUGACCUUUGGCGACAUUGUCUGGGUACCAUUCCUCUAUUCCACACAGUGCCGUUAUCUUGCGACGUAUCCCCUCCACCUCGGAUAUGUCAACCUUACGGCUUUUGGUGCGAUAUUCACCAUCGGCGCAUACAUCUUCCGCGCCUCAAAUGACCAAAAGAAUCUCUUCCGCAGCAACCCCAACCAUCCAAGUGUCUCUGGAAUUACUUAUCUACAGACCAAGCGAGGUACCAGGCUUCUCACUGGCGGGUGGUGGGGGAUCUCGCGCCAUAUGAACUACCUGGGCGACUGGCUGCACACUUUGCCGUUCUGCUUGCCAACCCUAAUGGCUGGCUAUCUCAUCCUGCCAGCUGGAACGCCAACGGAUACCGUGAGCAUCGAGAUGCUGGAUGGAAAGCAAGUGGUGCAGGGCGACGCAAAAGGUUGGGGCAUGGUAUAUACCUACUUCUAUGCGAUCUACUUUGCUGUGCUUCUCGUGCACCGAGAGAACAGAGACGAUGUCGCCUGUGCUGAGAAGUACGGAAAAGACUGGGACAGAUACAAGGAGAUUGUUCGCUGGAGAAUCGUGCCAGGUCUGUACUAG